AUGCUUUCCGGCGUGGAGGCUCUGGACCUGCCGGCGUGGAACGGAGCCUCAGGCCUGUCCUGGGGGCCCCGCCACAGAAAUGCAAUGGCUCAUCUUGAUUCUGAGGUGAAAGAGGAGUGUCUGCGGGAAGACCUGAAGUUUUAUUUCAUGAACCCUUGUGAAAAAUACCGAGCCCGACACCAGAUCCCAUGGAAGCUGGGACUGCAGAUUUUGAAGAUAGCCAUGGUCACCACGCAGAUUGUUUUUAUUCCAGACAUGGGUCCUGUUCUCAUUGUGCAGUCUAGGAAUACAGAUUGUGUUCACUUAGACCUCUCCACAUACCCUCAGGAGUGGAAGAACUCGUCAUUCUUCAGACUGGAAUUUUAUCGGCUCUUACAAGUUGAAAUUUCCUUUCACCUCAAAGGCAUUGACCUACAGACGAUUCAUUCCCGAGAGUUACCGGACUGUUACGUUUUUCAUAAUACGAUUACCUUUGACAAUAAAGCUCACAGUGGCAAGAUCAAAAUCUAUUUUGGCAGUGAUGCUAAAAUUGAAGAAUGUAAAGACUUGAACAUAUCCGGAUCUAUUCAGAAAAACACCCAGUACGUGCUGGCGUUUGAUGCAUUUGUCAUUGUGAUAUGCUUGGCAUCUCUUAUUCUGUGCACAAGAUCCAUUGUUCUAGCUCUAAGGUUACGAAAGAGAUUUCUCAAUUUCUUCCUGGAGAAGUACAAGCGACACGUGUGUAACGCCGACCAGUGGGAGUUCAUCAAUGGAUGGUAUAUCCUGGUGAUUAUCAGCGACCUAAUGACAAUAAUCGGAUCCAUAUUAAAAAUGGAAAUUAAAGCAAAGAAUCUCACCAAUUACGACCUGUGCAGCAUUUUGCUCGGAACGUCUACGCUCUUUGUCUGGGUUGGCGUCAUCAGAUACCUGGGUUACUUCCAAGCAUAUAAUGUGCUCAUUUUAACGAUGCAAGCCUCACUGCCCAAAGUUCUUCGCUUCUGUGCUUGUGCUGGUAUGAUCUACUUGGGCUACACGUUCUGUGGCUGGAUUGUUUUAGGACCUUAUCACGACAAGUUUGAAGAUCUGAACACAGUUGCUGAGUGUCUGUUUUCUCUGGUCAAUGGUGAUGACAUGUUUGCGACCUUUGCUCAAAUACAGCAGAAGAGCAUCUUGGUGUGGCUGUUCAGUCGCCUGUAUUUAUAUUCCUUCAUCAGUCUUUUUAUAUAUAUGAUCCUCAGCCUGUUCAUUGCACUUAUUACAGAUUCUUAUGAUACCAUCAAGAAAUACCAACAGAAUGGAUUUCCUGAAACGGACCUUCAGGAAUUCCUGAAGGAGUGUGGUAGCAAAGAGAAGUAUCAGAAAGAGGCCUCACCCUUCUUGUCCUGCAUCUGCUGCCUGAGGAGGAAAGGAAGUGAUGACCACUUGGUACUUAUGAACUAAAAUCUUCCUGCU